CAACCCCAAUUAAAUAUACACGUAUACUUUAAGCAAAUAGUCGAAUAUGUUAUUAAAUUCAGCUUUUUUACUGACACUUUUAUCAAUUGCACUUGCUGUUGACGAUCCAAAAGUUCAAAAAGAACGUAGUGCCAAGCUGCCACCAUGCAAGGCAUGCACAGUGUUAGUGGAUUCAUUUAAUGUGGCAUUUGAGAAAACCAAACGCGGAAAACAUGCCGGCGGCGACGCAGCCUGGGAGCAGGAGAAGCUGCGCUCGUAUAAGAACAGUGAAGUGCGCUUCGUUGAGAUACAGGAGCAGCUCUGCACGGAUGUGAAACGAGGACAAGAUCACUGCCACUCCCAAAGCAAUGACCAUGAGUCGUUAAUUGAAGACUGGUUCAUACAUAAGCAGGACGAAGAGCCAGAUUUUCAUGCCUGGCUAUGUGUAAAGCAGCUUGCGGUUUGCUGUCCGCCAAAUAGCUACGGCCCCAACUGCAAGCCAUGCACUGAAUGCAAUGGCAAUGGCAAAUGCAAAGGCGCUGGUACACGUAAAGGUAAUGGCAGUUGUUUGUGUGACAGUAGCUAUGCCGGUCUCAAUUGCAAUGAGUGUGCCGAACAGUAUUAUGAAUCCUUUCGCGAUGCUAACAAACUGCUCUGCACGCAGUGUCAUGCCGCUUGUGGAGACGGCGGCUGCUCAGCCGCAGGACCAAAGAGCUGCCGUAAAUGCAAGGAUGGCUGGCUCAUGGACACUGAAAACGGCUGUAUAGACAUUAAUGAGUGCCUGGAACAGAAACGUGCCUGCAAGCCGCAGCAGUUUUGUGUUAACAAUGAGGGCUCCUUUAGCUGUCUGGAGUGCGACCGCUCGUGUGAUGGCUGUGACGGCGAUGGUCCAGACAUGUGUAGAAAAUGUGCCGAUGGCUAUCAGCUGAAGGAUGGCAAGUGUCAAGAUGUGUCAUCUCAGCAGCGCGAUUCAUACGUUAACAUCACACGAUUUCUUACCUACUUUGGAAUGUGUGUGGCCACUUGCGUCAUCUUUCAAAGCUCCACAAAUAUCGCAUACAUUGUCGGCGGUGCGGUGGCUAUCUACAUAGCUGCAUCCGAAUACUGGUUAAAUACAACACCGCAAGGCGCUCAAAAGCCUGAAAUUGAUACAAAGCAAUUAGAGGAUUUAAUUAUGAAAUCAUUAUAAGCCUAAUUGGAAUCAUUGCUGAAGUGGGGAACCACAGCUUUAAUUUUAUUCUGUGAAUAAGCAUAAGCAGUAUUUUCUGUGUUUUAGUUUUAACAAUUAUCUGAAAUGUCAUUUCUGUACUUUGUUUUCAGCGGAAAACGAUUCAGACUAUUCGGAGGACACACGUGAUGAAUUGUAACGCACACUAUAGUCAAAUUUCAAUAAAUAUAA